CAAACUGCCUAGCUGGGCUAGAGCAGUUGUUCCCAAAAUAUUUUAUGUUACUGAGAAGGCUUGGAAUUAUUAUCCUUAUACAAUCACAGAAUACACAUGCUCAUUUUUGCCUAAAUUCUCCAUUCACAUAGAGACAAAAUAUGAGGACAACAAAGGAAGCAAUGACAGUAUUUUUGACAAAGAAGCUAAAGAUCUGGAGCGAGAAGUCUGCUUUAUUGAUAUUGCCAGCGAUGAAAUUCCUGAGCGCUAUUACAAAGAAUCAGAGGAUCCUAAAUACUUCAAGUCACUGAAGACCGGGAGAGGCCAAUUAAAAGAAGGCUGGAGAGACACCCAUCAGCCAAUUAUGUGUUCCUACAAACUUGUGACUGUGAAAUUUGAAGUCUGGGGACUUCAAACCAGAGUAGAGCAAUUUGUGCACAAGGUGGUCAGAGAUAUACUACUGAUCGGUCACCGGCAGGCUUUUGCCUGGGUUGAUGAGUGGUACGAUAUGACUAUGGAUGAUGUUCGAGAAUACGAGAAAAAUAUGCAUGAAAAAACCAACAUUAAAGUUUGCAACCAACAUUCAUCUACUGUGGAUGAAAUAGAGAGCCAUGCCAAAGCAAGAACAUGACAAUGGAUGAAGUCCGAGAGUUCGAACGAGCCACUCAGGAAGCCACCAACAAGAAGAUUGGGAUUUUCCCACCUGCAAUAUCUAUCUCUAACAUUUCCAUGCCUUCUUCAACCCGCAGUGCUCCAUCUAGUGCUCCAUCAACUCCCCUCUCCACAGAUGCUCCUGAAUUCCUAACAGUUCCCAAAGACCGGCCUCGGAAAAAGUCUGCUCCAGAAACUCUCACUCUUCCAGAUCUAGCGAAAAAAACCCUUUAAAUUAACCCAGCAUGUUCCUCCCGAUAAGCCAUGUCUACCACAGCAAGAGUGACGUAACUCUGUUUCUACAAAGCUCAUGGUGGUUUGUUGGUGGUUGUUUUUUUGCUUAAAAUAAUCUUAAUGGUGUGGAAAGAUUACUUCUUUCCUCAGACUUGAUCCUUAAAACCUUC